AUGAUUUAUCUCAUAAAAAACAUUGACUAUACCAAUGCCGCCAGCGUUAAAGUGUUACAAGUUGGAGAGUCCAGAAACAUUCUGAAAGAAUUGCACAUGUCGGCCGACCAAUACAACUGGGUGCAAUCCAUCUACUUCAUCGGCAACAUCCUCUUCGAAGUACCCAGCAACCUGGUAAUGAAGAAAAUGAGCCCACGCAACUGGCAAACGCGCAUUAUCUUGUCAUGGGGCAUAGUGCUAGCCUGCCAUGCCGCUGUGCAGAACAGACAAGGGUUGUAUGCCGCGCGAUGGUUUCUGGGUAUGAUGGAGGCGGGUAUGUUUCCUGGACUGGCCGUACAGCUUGUGAGUUGGUAUCGCAGCGAUGAGAUGGGGAAGCCUAUCAUGUGGAUGUUUGGUUUCCAAAACACAAGCGGAGUCAUUGGUUCGUUGCUCGCGUACGGCAUUUCUUACAUGAACGGGGUUGCGGGCUUGAGUGCCUGGCGAUGGGUCUACUUGCUUGAGGGCCUGGCAACAAUUGUUUUUGCCGGUGUCGUCUAUCUCGUUCUCCCGGAUUAUCCAAAAUCCCCCCGGUCCAGCAAGUGGCUCACUCCACGAGAGCAAGAGUAUCUUGAAACUCGUCUUUCCGAAGAUGCGCCAAAAACAUCCGACCCCGCAUUCUCGAAGAAAGAGCUUUUCGCAUCGCUCAGAGACCAGCGUACUUAUUCAUUCAUGCUGGCCCAAUUCCUCACGAAUUUUGCAGGAUAUGCGCUGCAGUGGCAGCUCCCUACAGUAACGACCGAUCUGGGGUUUGCUUCGCUGCCCCGAAACCAACUGCUCAAUAUUCCCCCAGCGGCUGGCUCGGUGCUCGCGAUCAUUUUCGCAGGGUGGUUCUUGAAAAAAGCAUACAUCAUUCGACCGGCUUUCCUGCUUUUGAUAGGAACGGGGAUGCUAGUCUUCUUCAUUCUUUUGGCUGCUCUGUCAUCGAAAACAGCGAUAUACAUCUCAGUGGUGUUGGGAACGACUUUUUAUUCAGUGUGGUUUAUUCCAUUUUGGGCGUGGCGUUCGGCAACGUUGAAAGGCGCAACGGGUGCAGCGUUCGGCCUCGCAUUCCAAAACUGUGUCGGGCAGGUGGGCGGCGUCAUUGGUCCUCAGCUGUUCCAGGCCAAAUACGCUUCCAACGGAUACAAGACUCCUUUUUCGAUUUGUGCAGGCGCCGUGGCCGGUGCCUACCUUGCCAGCAUUUGGACGUGGUGGCUGACAAGAAAAUUGGAGUGGAACGUGCGGAAGACCAGACGUCUGCGGGCGAAGGCGGAAAAGGAGAAUGCUGCAUUUCCUGGUGACGAGACGGACGACAUUGACGAAAAGGCCUGCUACAGUGAUCCAAAAGCGCAGGAGGUGUAA